GGCUUGUGGCUAGGAGAACAUUUGUGUUAAUUGCACAGUGCCCUGUCAAGGAAAACUUUGAUUUAUAGCUGGGGUGCACAAAUAAUGGUUGCCGGUCGCACAUGGAUUCGGUAGAACUUUGCCUUCCUGAAUCUUUUUCCCUGCACUACGAAGAAGAGUGGCAGAUGCUGGCUCCCAGCUAGGAAGGAAAUCGGCUGGCUGUGUGUGUACAGAGAGGAGGGAGGGGUGCUGGUGCCUCGGGUGGAAAUGUGAACACCAAGUGCAUCUUGACAUGGGGUCGCGUCGGGACUGGGCUUCUCUGCAGAAUGUCAAACAAAGAUCGACACAUUGAUUCCAGCUGUUCGUCCUUCAUCAAGACGGAGCCCUCCAGCCCAGCUUCCCUGACGGACAGCGUCAACCACCACAGUCCUGGUGGCUCUUCCGACGCCAGUGGGAGCUACAGUUCAACCAUGAAUGGUCAUCAGAACGGACUGGACUCGCCACCUCUCUACCCUUCCGCUCCUAUCCUGGGAGGUAAUGGGCCUGUCAGGAAACUGUAUGAUGACUGCUCUAGCACCAUAGUUGAAGAUCCCCAAACCAAGUGUGAAUACAUGCUUAACUCCAUGCCCAAGAGACUGUGUUUAGUGUGUGGUGACAUCGCCUCUGGGUACCACUACGGGGUUGCAUCCUGUGAAGCUUGCAAGGCGUUCUUCAAGAGGACAAUUCAAGGUAAUAUAGAAUAUAGCUGCCCUGCCACGAAUGAAUGUGAAAUCACAAAGCGCAGACGUAAAUCCUGUCAGGCAUGCCGCUUCAUGAAGUGCCUAAAAGUGGGCAUGCUGAAAGAAGGGGUGCGUCUUGACAGAGUACGCGGAGGUCGGCAGAAGUACAAACGCAGAAUAGAUGCAGAGAACAGCCCCUACCUGAACCCUCAGCUGGUUCAGCCAGCCAAAAAGCCAUAUAACAAGAUUGUCUCACAUUUGUUGGUGGCUGAACCGGAAAAGAUCUAUGCCAUGCCUGACCCUACUGUCCCGGACAGUGACAUCAAGGCCCUCACUACACUGUGUGACUUGGCCGACCGAGAGUUGGUGGUGAUCAUUGGAUGGGCGAAGCAUAUUCCAGGCUUUUCCACGCUGUCCUUGGCGGACCAGAUGAGCCUUCUGCAGAGUGCUUGGAUGGAAAUUUUGAUCCUCGGUGUGGUUUACCGAUCACUUUCAUUUGAGGAUGAACUUGUCUAUGCAGAUGAUUAUAUCAUGGAUGAGGACCAGUCCAAGUUAGCAGGCCUCCUUGACCUAAAUAAUGCUAUCCUGCAGCUGGUGAAGAAAUACAAGAGCAUGAAGCUGGAGAAAGAAGAAUUUGUCACUCUCAAAGCUAUAGCUCUUGCUAAUUCAGACUCUAUGCAUAUAGAAGACGUUGAAGCAGUGCAGAAGCUCCAGGAUGUCUUACACGAGGCCCUGCAGGAUUAUGAGGCCGGCCAGCACAUGGAAGACCCACGCAGAGCAGGCAAGAUGCUAAUGACGCUGCCCCUGCUGAGGCAGACAUCUACCAAGGCUGUGCAGCAUUUCUACAACAUCAAACUAGAAGGCAAAGUCCCCAUGCACAAACUUUUUUUGGAAAUGCUAGAGGCCAAGGUCUGACUAAACGCUUUCUGGGCCUUCCCAUCCUGCACGUUGAA